CUUCAUCAUGUUCUUCAUCAAGAUGGGAUACUUAAAAAUAAAUGCCUCAUUAAUUAGUGCUCUGAUAGAAAGAUGGAGGCCGGAAACACAUACGUUUCACAUGAGAUGCGGAGAGUGUACUAUUACUCUCCAAGACGUCUCUGUGUUGUUAGGUAUAAGUGUGGAUGAUUUACCAUUAAUCGGUCCAACAAAUCUUGAUUGGGCUGAUUUAUGUGAGGAAUUAUUGGGAGUCAGACCACAAGAAGGUGAAAUUAAAGGUAGUAUGGUUAAGUUAAGUUGGCUGGCUCACCAUUUUGCACAAAUAAAUAACGACGACGACGACGAAGAACAAGUACGAAGGUUUGCCCGUGCAUGGAUACUGAGAUUCAUUGGAGGUGUCUUGUUCAUUGACAAAAGCAGUAACAAAGUUUCGCUAAGGUACCUUCAAUUUUUACGUGACUUUGAAGAAUGUGGCACAUAUGCAUGGGGAGCUGCCGUACUUGGUUUUCUAUACAGAGUGAUGUGCAGUGCUACCGAUUAUAAAACUAAAUCAAUCGGAGGUAUGUGCAUCUUACUACAAAUGUGGGCAUGGGAACGAUGUCCAACCUUGGCUCCAAAGAGGACUCCUUCCCAAGUAGAAAAUACACCACUGGGGCACAGGUGGCUGCGACGUGGAAACCAACAUAUCGGCAAUGAUGAUGUGAGAGUUUUUCGUCGCAAGUUGGAUAUUAUGAAACAUCAUGAGUUUGUGUGGGAGCCUUACACAUCAACCGUUAUAUCAUUGUUGUCUCCCGUUUGUUUAGUCGGAAGUCUCGCGUGGUACGCGGUGGUGCCACCAAUUUGUUUACAAGUUAUUGAGUGGCACCAACCGGAAAGAGUAUUGAGACAAUUUCGGAUGCAGCAACCAGUUUCAGAGUCUCCUUCACAACCCUUAAACAUUCAUGACAUAACAUUAAAAGGGAAACAUGACGAAAAUUGGGGGCAAUUGUUCGCCCCAAUGAUUCAUCAAUGGAAUAAUCGUCAUGCAUUUAGGGUUGACGCUUAUCCCCGACAAGAAGGCCUAUUGAGCUUUAACUCGGACUACAUGGUCUGGUAUAGGCGAAAGACAAAGAUGUUUGUUGACCCACAAAAUGCAAAGACGGCUACAUUGGCUGAAGUUGCGGAGACAUUACAAUACAUGGUGUCUCCUCAAGGGAGGAAUACAUGGACAGUUGAUGAUCUCGUGCCUUAUGUGGAAAAAAUUACAAUUUUAUCCGAAGAGCAAGAGAGAGUCACUGAGCCAGUGUCACAUGGUCCUGCAUCAGAGCGUCAAUUUCCUGCACAACAGUAAAAUCGUCAUGUAGUAUUUGUAAGUAAGAGUCAGGAGAAUGAUUUUGCAUGUGUGUUAGCCAUGACGAGAGUUUCGCAUACGACUCUUCUCAAUCGUCAUAUUCAAUUGCAAUCGCCUUUUGUUUGGCCAUCCAUGCUUUUCUGUAUGAAACCUUAUAGGAAAA